AUGGCAGCGCGCUUUGCACCUGCACGGGUGCCAAGACACUUUGGGAGGGUCUUGUUACCUUUGUUUCACCUUCAUGCCAGGCCUGUCAAAGUCCGAUUUGGGCAGUUUCGGUCACCAGCGAUUAGGUUUGCUGCAGAAUUGCCUCGGAGUCGACACUCGCGGCCUUCCCAUGAGAAGCCCAGGCUUUCUCUGCUGCAGGGAGGCGGAGAUGGUGUGCAGACCGCAGCGGGGUUGGAGGUGGGUGUCAUCGGCUACAAUGCGGCCAUUUCUGCCUGCGGUGGUCGUUGGCAACUGGCAGUGAGCCGGCAGCCCGAAGUGCAACCCAUGCUGCAUGCCUUCGUGCCAGCGCUCCGCUGUCCCAGGGCCGCGGUCAACCAAAAAGCCUUCUCACCGGCUGUGAGCGUUGGUCGCCCAAAUGCCGCGGCCAUCCCAUCCGGGCCGUCCGGGCCCAGCGCGCCUCCGCUUGCCCUUGCCUGCUUGGCGGUCCCAGCAGCGGCCAAGGUGGCCGGUGCGAGGAGAGCGAGAGGUCGCCACCUCCGACGAGUGGUUUGCCGGGCAACAGCUAACGACUCCUCCGAUCGGGUUCCGACGGAACGAGAGCGAUACACGGACGCAGCUUGGCAGGCGAUGCAGGAUGCCCCUGGCUUUGCACAGAAGUGCCAGUCGCAGUACGUCGAGCCGGAGCACGUCUUUCUCGCAGCGUUAGAACAGCCGAUCUCAACAACCGGUGGGCUCGCCGCCCGCAUACUGGACAAGCUUGGCAUACAGAAGCCCGUUGCAGUCACCCGGAUCAUGGAGUGGAGCGACAAGCAGCCCAAGGUGACCUCGCCUGGCAGCUCCAUGGGCACUGCCGCCGGCCGGAGCUUGGUGACGAUGAUGUCCGAGUCAGAGGCAGCGGCCAACCAGUAUGGUGAUAAGUACAUCUCCGUUGAGCACUUGGUCCUGGCCUUCUGCAAGGACACACGCUUUGGGCAGCGGUUCUUCUCGGAUUUCGGGUGCGACGAAGCAAAGGUGAAAGCAGCAGUCGAAGAAGUUCGCGGUUCUGGCAGAGUCACAUCUCAGAAUCCGGAGAGCACCUACGAGGCGCUGGAGUUGUACGGCACAGACCUUACAGCCAUGGCCCGGGAGGGCAAACUGGACCCCGUGAUCGGAAGAGACGAAGAGAUCCGGAGGGUGAUCCAGAUCCUAGCGCGCCGGUCGAAGAACAACCCAGUGAUCAUUGGCGAACCUGGUGUUGGCAAAACGGCCAUCGUGGAAGGCCUGGCACGACGAAUCGUGGACGGCGACGUUCCGCAGACGCUCCAGGACAAGCAGGUGAUCUCGCUGGACAUUGGCGGCAUGGUGGCCGGUGCCAAAUAUCGAGGUGAGUUUGAGGAGCGCCUGAAAGCAGUGCUGAAGGAAAUCAAGGAUGCAGAUGGAAAGGUCAUCUCCUUCAUCGAUGAAAUUCACACUAUCGUCGGCGCGGGAGCAUCAGGUGGCGCGAUGGAUGCAAGCAAUCUCUUGAAGCCCUUGCUCGCCCGCGGGGAACUGCGCUGCGUGGGUGCGACGACCCUGGACGAGUACCGCCAGUAUAUCGAGAAGGAUGCAGCUCUGGAGCGUCGUUUCCAGCAGGUAAUGGUGCAGGAGCCGAAGGUUCCGGAUUGCGUCAGCAUCCUCCGAGGCUUGAAGCCCCGCUAUGAGCUGCACCACGGUGUUCGGAUUUCCGAUCGAGCUGUCGUCGCGGCCGCUGUCCUAAGCGACCGGUACGUCACAGAUCGAUUCCUGCCCGACAAGGCCAUUGACCUGAUGGACGAGGCAUCGGCCAAGGUGAAGAUGGAGGUCACCUCGAAGCCCGCGGAGCUGGAGAGGUUAGAUCGCAAGAUACUUCAGUUGGAGAUGGAGCGCCUCAGCGUCGGCGAUGACAAGGACGUUUCGGGAGAUGGUAACAUAAUCGAACAGGACCUGGAGCGAGCGCUGGCGGAGGCUGAGCGCGAGAUGAACUUGCAACGCGCCUGCAGGCUUUACGACAUUGGGCUAACCUGCAGAGAUUCGAGUGAAAGACUUUUGAGGUAUGGUGAGCUGGCAACGGCCAAAAAGGAGCUUGAGGAGAGAGAAGCCGAGGCAGCUGACAAGGAAGAGGACUCCGCCGAGCUCGUCAAUGAACGCGACAUCCAGGAGAUCGUCUCCAUGCAAACAGGCAUCCCUGUGGAGAAGAUGUCCAUGGGCGACCGCCAGCGUCUCUUGAAUCUGGAGGACCAGCUUCACAAGCGCCUCAUUGGUCAGGAUGAUGCAGUCAAGGCCCUGGCCGAAGCGAUCCAGCGCUCUCGCUACGGCCUCGCGGAUCCGAACCGGCCUAUAGCCUCCUGCCUUUUUCUUGGCCCCACCGGUGUGGGCAAGACGGAACUCGCCAAGGCGCUGGCUGAGUGGCUGUUUGAUUCAGAGGAAUCCAUGAUCCGGGUGGACAUGUCGGAAUACAUGGAGAAGUUUGCUGUGUCGCGCUUGACCGGUGCCCCGCCAGGGUACGUCGGCUAUGAGGAGGGUGGCCAGCUGACGGAGCCUGUGCGGCGCAGGCCGUACUGCGUACUCCUCUUCGACGAAAUGGAGAAAGCUCACCCGGAUGUUUUCAAUCUCCUGCUCCAGAUCCUGGAUGAUGGGCGCUGUACCGAUUCCCAAGGACGUACAGUGGACUUCAAGAAUACAGUCAUCAUCAUGACAUCUAACGUCGGCAGCGAUGCGAUUGCCGAGUUGGGUGGGGAGCUGGAUGCAAGCGAUGCUGACACGAAGUUCCAAGAGGUGACCGAGGCCGUGCGAGCGGCGAUGGCCGACGUCUUUCGUCCAGAGUUCCUCAACCGGAUUGAUGAAACCAUCAUUUUCCGGCCACUGAACCGAGCAGACUUGCGGGAAAUCGCGAAACUGCAGUUGGACAGGGUGCAGUCGAGAAUGGAAGACAGGAGUAUCACGAUCGACGUGUCCGAUGGUGCCUUAGAUGUCAUUGCACAGCGUGGCUACGACCCCACUUUCGGUGCCAGGCCGAUCAAGCGCUCCAUCGUCGCUAACGUGGAGACGCCACUCGCACAGCGAGGCCUUCGAGGCGAAUUUGAGGACGGAGACACGGUGAAGAUCGACGUCGAUCGGGUGCCACAACUGCACACACUUUUGAAGUUUCUCGUGCUCGGGGCGGAGCAUUGCUGUUCAAGGGCAGAGAUGCCAGACGUCAGAGACCUUAUCAGCAAGAUGGAGAAGCUGGUCAGAGGCUGCCAAGGUUCGGCAAGCUCAGCGGCAAGCUCCGAUGAGGUCCGCGUGCUCCGGAAGGUGGUCUUAGUGCCCCCACAGUUCCGCAAGGUCUCCGACUUGGUCUGGCCCGAAGAAUUUGCAGAAAUCCAGCAGAGGCCACAGACCAAGUUGGAGCAGACAGACACCGUGGCGGCCUUUAUCCCAAAGCUAGCCCUUCCAGCUGGGUGCCAGGAAGACUUGGGGCGUUUGCUUGUGGGCCUAGCGGCAGACCCCCGAAAACAGCAUGACGUCCGCGACCUGAGGGUUGUUGGCCUGAAGGUGCCGGAGGCUGCGGCGAGAUUGAAAAUUCAGGACCAUCCAGACUGUGGUGUCCUCCAGCUCGCUUUGGCCUUUAAGUUCGUGCAGGGCCGCGUGCAGGACAUGGUGCUGGAGCCGUCGGCUUUGAAUGAGGCCCUGCUCGGCAUCCUUGCCUCUAAUGGAGUGCUGCAGGAGGCCUGCCACAUUCACUGGGAGAGGACGACGGUCCAAAUCAGAGAGCCCGGCCGGCUUCGGGUCACCAUCCGCACAGAAAGUGCAGAGAGUGCGGAGGCCCUGAAGCAAGCCCUGCAGACUUGCAAGCUUGAGAAGAAGCUGCAGGAGAUGAAGAUCGAAGAGUUUGUUCGGACGGCCUCUGCCACAACCUCCGUGCAGUUAGCCUAUGAGUCUGGCAGGAAUGAUAGCCACCGUUCCGACGUAGCAUACUUCCAGUUCUCGCUGGAGGAGAUCAGAUGCAUCGGCGGUCGGAUCCUAGACAUCAUCGACCCGAGCCGGGCCAGCAUCGACCCCAUGUUCUGCGAAGAGACGCUUUUCCCAUCAGAGAAGCCAGGCCAGGAGGCUGUACUGCCUGUAGCAUGGCCCAUUCCGAGUCGUAUCGCACGGGGGCGCCAUGUCAACUCGGCGCCCCCCUCUGCUGGUGCACCUCGCUGGAUUCCUACUGCGCUAGAGCCAGCUACUUUUGAUGGGCUUCGGCUUGCCAGCGAGGUGAGUGGGAUCCCAUGGACAGGGCCACGCACAUUGACGAAUCCAUUGUACCAACGCCUGGGCGAGCUGUUGACGGCCAUGCGGCCACUCUUUGCGCAGUUGGCUCCGGAAGAUGGCACUUUUGGCCUGCACCAGCCACUGGAUGCACGAUCCAAGGUACUGAUCAAGGCCCAGGUUUAUGAGGUGGGCAGUGGCCAGGAGAUUCUUGGCGAGUUGCACCGUGAAGGAAUCUCCCGAGAUCAGAUUCAGAUGGUUGGCCUUUACUACCCCCUCGUCGAUGAUGGGCUGGCAGGUGGCGACCUUGAGAUCACCGCCGUGCUGACUGGUGGCUGCGGGUCACAGUACCCCAAGUCGAAGACCAUAAAUGUGCAAGCUGGCACGGCCAUAGCCUUUGACAACGGCAAGGCAUACCAUCGCAUGACUGCUCUUCGUACAGCCUGCACUUCCUCGAGUCCCAGGGGCCGGAGGCUUGUUGUCGCCUUCUUCGUGCUUUGCGACCUGGAACCUCCCGGGCUGCCCUGCACCGACCGCAUUUGUGUCAACUAUUCCGACAAGGCCCGAGUGAUGGUUCGAAGGAACCUCGGUAUGCUGCCCAAGCACAUCCAGCUCAAUAUCGAGCAGUUUCUCACCGGCGGAAUCUCCUACACGCAGCAGCGCUUUGAGUCCUCCCGUCAAGUGAGGGCUCGCGACGUAUCCCAAGAAGGACUUACGUUCCGCACCAUGGAUUGA